GAGUUGCUGGAAAAGCAGAGGCAUUAGGAUUAGUAAUAUCGUGCUUGCUAAACCUGCAUUGACUUGGUGGGAAACUCAUGUUAAGGCUUUGGCUGCCAGAAAUAGUGGUAACCAAAUUGGUGAUUUGAAUACUGCAGGGGAAUUUCAAGAUAAGGCAGCUGCAGAAAUUGGCAGAAUUGGUGCAGGACUCACAACAGGUGCUGAUAUUAUUCCGGCAGGUACUUGGGAAGAAGAUUGGUCUAUAGCUGGUGGUGAGCCAACAAAUGAUGUACCAGUUGUACCAAAUGCGGUUGGAGGUCUUCCUGCUGUUACAAUUGCCCCUAACAUUACUCUUGGACAAUUUUUCUAUUUGGUUAGAACUGCCUAUACAAUGGUCGAACAUCUAAAACAUAUGGCAGUUUUUGGUCAACUCACACAGAGUAAUAUGACAGUUAAGCAAUUUUCUGCUAGAAUCAAAAAAAUUGGUAAACUCGCUGAAAUGACCCCUAAACAACAAAGAGAACAAUUUAUUUGUGGCUUGAAUCCUAUGAAUCAAUACAAUAUUCGUAUGAUGGCUAAAUUUGAUAAUACACAAGACAAUAUUACAAAAGCUUUAGCUGAGGCAGAAAAAUUCACAUUAUCUCAAGCAAGUGCACCAUCUUCUUUUUCAAUUUUUCCAGCGGCCAACCCUUAUAUAGAUACUAACAAAUCGGGAAUGACUAAAGAACAAAUUGAAAAUCUGGUAAAAAAUAUUAUGGUGUCUACACAAUCUCAGCAAAUACAAGUUCAACAAUCUCAGCAAAUGCAAUCUAAUUCUGAUAAUUAUCCUAGAGUGCCGGAUAAAUAUAUGCCAGAAAGGCCUCCAGAUGGGUAUGGCAUAAAUUCUGAAAGAUUUAUUCAUGCUGAUAUCAUGAAUCCAAUUUCUUCAACCAGUCAAAUUAUGGAAUCUCUAGCCAAUGAUCUUUAUAAAAAAUUGUCAGAUAUGUUUUUGGCAAAGUCGAUAUAA